CUCUACGCAUGCGCGAUCUUGAAUUUGUUGCGUGUGCGGGGUUUUUUUUUUUAAACAUUGGUUCAGAGAUUUCUCUGCGCAUGCGCUCGUCGGGUCUCCUCGGGCCUACUGCUUGUGCCCGGAGAGAGGUCAGAGGUCACGGCAGUGGCAGGAGCAUCCAGAGAAGAAAGAGGCGGCGGCCUGUAGGUGGAUCCAUCAUGGCGGCGGCUGAGAUAGAAGUGGCUUCUUGAGCUCUUGUGUAGAAGUUUUCGACCAUGCACAGUUUAGCGACGACUGCGCCUGUGCCAACAGCGCUGGCCCAAGUUGACCGAGAGAAGAUUUAUCAAUGGAUUAAUGAGCUUUCCAGCCCUGAGACUCGUGAGAAUGCACUACUGGAGCUUAGUAAGAAGCGAGAGUCAGUACCUGAUCUUGCCCCAAUGCUGUGGCACUCAUUCGGCACAAUUGCAGCACUCUUACAGGAAAUUGUAAAUAUCUAUCCAUCUAUAAAUCCACCAACUUUGACAGCUCAUCAGUCCAACAGAGUCUGCAAUGCUCUGGCUCUUCUGCAGUGUGUUGCAUCACAUCCAGAAACUAGGUCAGCCUUUCUUUCUGCUCACAUACCCCUUUUCUUGUAUCCCUUCUUGCAUACUGUUAGCAAGACUCGCCCCUUUGAGUAUCUGCGACUCACCAGCCUUGGAGUCAUUGGGGCCUUGGUGAAGACAGAUGAGCAAGAAGUAAUCAACUUUUUACUGACAACGGAAAUUAUCCCUUUGUGCUUACGCAUUAUGGAGUCUGGCAGCGAACUUUCCAAAACGGUUGCAACUUUUAUUCUACAGAAGAUCUUGCUAGAUGAUACGGGGCUGGCUUACAUCUGUCAGACUUAUGAGCGAUUUUCUCAUGUUGCAAUGAUACUGGGUAAAAUGGUCCUGCAACUUUCCAAGGAGCCUUCUGCCAGGCUGCUGAAACAUGUGGUCCGUUGUUACCUUCGCCUUUCUGAUAAUCCAAGAUGUAGGGCACGGGAAGCCCUCAGGCAGUGCCUUCCUGAUCAGCUGAAAGACACCACUUUUGCCCAGGUUCUGAAAGAUGACACCACCACCAAGCGUUGGCUGGCGCAGCUGGUCAAGAAUCUGCAGGAAGGCCAAGUCACCGACCCCAGGGGCAUUCCCCUUCCUCCACAGUGACAGCCAAGAAAGUGACCGAACCCAGGAGGAAAACAGCUCAGGUUUACAGAGAGCCAGGAACCAAUGACCUCUUCCAGAUCCUGUCAGGCAUGCAUGGGCAGCUCCUCGGACUGUCGAUAGCCACCCGGACUGCAGCCCGUUCUAUAGCAGCUUUUCACCAUGCCUCUUGAGGAUUAUGACACCAGCAAACACAGUUGGGACAGAGAAGCCCUUUAUUGGGUGCGGGCUUCAUUGCAGUAAUCAGUUGUGCAGCAGUUUUGGCGGAACCUCUGCCAAUGGCAUGUCUCCCUGUCUGGUUCAGUGUGGCAGGCUUGGGAAGUGUCCCUCAGUUUUUUUGUUAUUCAGUGUUUACAUGUGAGUUCAAUAAAGGUCGGUCUGGUCAUUGGACCUUAGGAGUACCUUUUGAGCUGCACGUAGCUCUAAACAGAGAAGGCGUGUUUACCUCUUUCCAACUGGGAAAAUGCUUUUAAUAGAAGAGACCCCCAUUAUUCCUUAGGACAGCUGUUGCGGUUUGGGAACCUUUGAGUUUUAACUCGCAGGGGGAGUAGGACAGUAUAAUAUAUGCUCAUCUUUUUAAAAAUUUCCCUGGUAGGUUGGAAGGCAAUGAUUUCCUGGACUGUAUUCCUUUGGCCAAACGUUAGAGCAGCCCCUGCCUCUGACUGUAUAUGAUCUGGUGUCAAAUAUUCCACCUCCACUCCCUUCCUCAUUGAUAAGAUCCAGAACGCUGCCCAAACAUUCCUCUACGGUUCAAGCUGCGUCAGAGGGGAGAAGUUACUGCAUGUGUGCCAUGGCUCAGCCACCACCAAGUCAUAAGGCCUUCACUACGUUGCAGCCAAUGCCUCUGGUUAGUAUAGAGUUAAUGCUACGAGUGAGCAGACAGCACAGGGACCAAGAGGCAUUUCAGACAGAAAAGGCUGGAGGUAUUUUAGUCUCGCUGGCUGGCAAUGGAAAGUGUAAUGGCUGCAAAACUCAAGGGCUCUCGUGCUCCCUAUCCUGUUUUUACCGCGCUGCCAGGCUAAGUGCAUCCAAUUCAUUGAACCUAACCCCAUUUGUUGGCGUCUCUGCCUUGGCUGAGGAGCCAUUAAGCAGUCUGCAAAGGCAGCCUUUUGCCUGCCCUCUAAAGAAUAGAAGCAAAAUAAAAGAAGGGGGGGGGAGGGUGUACGGAGAAGAAAUAACCCAGGCUGUCUGUCAGUUGCUCAACAGCAUUGGAAGCAGGUGGCUUCUGGGCCCUUGCCAGAAUUCUUGGCCUCAGCACCUGCUGCUGUUUUGGGUGGGAACAUAUCUUACCUUUUAAAAACGUUGCUGGUAGCUGGCCAGACCAUGCCAAGAGUGUCUUAACACUUUCCUCUCUUCAUGAACUGCUUUUGCUUUUGCAGCGGGUCCCAGUUUUAUAACAGCUUCGUCUUUCCAUCCCUUCCUUGAGUGGACUUUGCCAACUGCUUCUGUUUUGUAACUUAAAUAAAAAAAAUAAGCCAAA